CCAGAUGGGGCUCCCUGCGCAAAUGCCUCCUCCUUCUCCCGGAUUUUCCAAUGCUGGCGCCAGCUCCUCCCUCGCCCUAGCAGGGCUCAGGUCCCCGCACCAAGCGCCCAUCCGCGCGGCGGCUGGGGGGCGGCGGGGAGUGGGCCUCGCUCGCUGCCAUUGGUUGGACGGCCGGGGGCGGAGGGAAGACUCGGGCUGCGCCCGCAGCCGGCCGGCGCGCCCCACAUUCCCACCGACCGCUCCGCCGGCGCGGAUCCGCUAGACCCGUGUUCGCAAGGAGCUCGGCGUAGCCGCGUCCCAUCCCGUGCGGGAGCCGGCGGGGGAGACCCGCGCGUCCAGACCGAAGUGCUGAUGGACACCUGAUAGCCAACUGCCUUUGUGUGGAAACUGAGAAGAUCUGCUGUGCUGAUUUAACCGCCUGCAAUUUUUUUCUGAUGUUGUCAUGACAAAAAGAAUGCUGAUUCUGUCCAUUUUAACCUCUGUGUGAGCCUGACUUUGCAUAUCCUGGGCAUUCUUCGACCUUCCGUAAAGAUGUCUGAACCCGAUGCUUCAUCUGUGUUCUCAGGAAGCAUGGAGAAUGGAACUUUCCUCCAGCUCUUCCCCACGUCCCUGUCCACAUCGGUGGACCCGUCCUCAGGCCACUUGUCAAAUGUCUACAUCUACGUGUCCAUAUUCCUCAGCCUUUUAGCCUUCCUGCUUCUGCUUUUAAUCAUUGCCCUCCAGAGGCUCAAAAAUAUCAUCUCCUCCAGUUCCUCCUACCCAGAACACCCAAGUGAUGCUGGAAGUUCCUUCACCAACUUGGAAGUCUGCAGUAUUUCCUCACAAAGGUCCACUUUUUCAAACCUUUCAUCCUGAAGAAAAUGGAAGAAUCCUGCGAUGCUAUGGCCACUUAAGGGGAAGUGUCACAUGAUGCAGAUGCAUCAAGAAAGAAAUGCCCCCGUUUUGACCUUUUCCACCCAUUAGACCUGUUUCUCCUUCUCCUUCAGCCCUAACUACUGCUGUUCAUGACGCUUUUCAUUUGUGAACGUAGGCACUGAUGCUGAUGGAAAUGCAUGCAGGGUGCAGCUCUUCACCCAGACCACUUGAUGAAUCUGGAGCUGGCUUCUUCUCGGUGGAUCAGGCCAUCCCGUUGGACACCUGAGACAGCACUCACCUGGGGUGGUCUUGCAGAGGACGCUGGAUCUCGGCUCUGCCCUUCUUUUCUUUUAUGAAAUAAGAAUCUGAGUCAGCAGAAACUGGGAAAAUGAGCUAUGUAUAAGGCAUUUUCCAUAUUUAAAAGAUAAAGUGAAAACACCAAAUUAAAAAAAGAAGAGUCAAUUUAGAUUCCAUGCAUAACGUCUCCAAAACCGGAGGCAAAAAUAUGCUAAAUGUUUUAUUUCAUUUACUUUUACAAAUGAAAAUCACAUUUAUUGAUGAAUUAAGUCACACUUGGAAAAGUCUUAGAAGACUUUGACUUUUAAUAGCAAGGCAAAUAUGUGUUAUGAUGCAGUCUGUAAUGUAUUUCUGCCUCUUGGGAAUUUCUCCUACUUAUAGUCAAAAUGCCCUAUAUUUGUGGAAUUCUUUGUGAUAACUGCUGUUGCUAUUACUAAGAGAGGUGCCAGAGGAAACACAGGAAGUAUUAUUUUACGUCUGUAAUUUCCAUCAACGGGGAUCACACAUAUGGAAAAUAUUCAUUUAGUUGUAUUUUAUACAGUGAUAACUCCUAGUGGUUGUGUAAGAAUGUUCCUUUAUUCAGUUUCACAAUCUUUAUAAAUUUAGUGCAAAAUUAUAUUAAGGCUCCAAGAUGUCAGAUGUUUGUUUACUCGCAUUAGACUGUAAAGCAUAGAAGACACAACUGCUAAUAUCCACGCUUUUAUCUACUCCUUGAAUGUUACAUGUCUCUGAUAAAUUGUGCAUUGAUGUAAUACUCUACAUUUGGAUUCCAGGAUAUGGGUUUAUGUUUAAAGUUGCAGACACUUUAAACAUAAAGUUUAAACAUUAAACUGGGUAGCUGCUGGGAGCUUAGUGAUCCUGGGAGCUGCCAUACUGUGGUCAGCCAAGCACAUCUGAACUAGGGGGCUUUGUCCAUGAAAUGAGGCAUACCCAUGAGCAUAGAUAUGGAAUACAGAUUGGAGCAGGGGUGGGUUAUCAAGCUCCCCUUUAAAACCAAACAAAGCAAACUACAGCUUCUUAAAAGUAAGAAGUUUAAUUUUUAUUUUAUUUAUUUAUUUAUUUUUGUCUUUUUGCCUU